AUACCACGCGCGCCCGUUCUCUCAGUUUCUAUUUAGUAUCCACCUCGAAUCGGUGGAUAAGUUCGAUUCCCCUGUUUCAGUGUAAUAACCUUCGCGACGCGAUUUUAACAUAUAGAUACUCUUCCACGUUCGCGAAAGUCGACGAUUAACGAUUGAAAAUCGUAUAACGAGACGAACGUAGGCCUGAGUUUUGUGAAACGUUCUUUUUUUUUUUUUUAAAUUUUAUUUUUCAUCUUUUUUCCCUCAAGUGCCACUGUGUCGGUUCUCUUUGUUAUAUAAAUAUAUAUAUAUAUAUAUAUAUACAUAUAUACAUAUAUAUAUAUAUAUAUAAUUUUUAACAUUUUAAUUAAUUCCUCAUCGAUCACAGUGAUCCUUCAUCUCGAGGAAAAUUAAGAUUAAAAGGAUGCACGUCAGAGCGAUCGCGUUGGUUACUUUACUCCUCAUCGUUCAAGGCUGGUGUAAACCGUCAUCGAAGAGCUUCGAAGAUGUCGAUUACAACGAUGACGCACAGGCCGAUGACAGCGAUGAUUAUUCUCAAAACGACGACGAAAGUGAUACUCCCGAUACCAUCGAGGAACCACCACAAAUUAAAUCGAAUCCCGAGAGCAAACGCGUACGAUCUGGAACUACCGUUAUUUUGCCUUGUCUGACGUCGAAUGCAGAUUCUUUCGCGGUCGUAUGGAAAAAGGACGACGAGUUUCUCUACAGCGACGAUAACGCUUUGACGCAGGAUAAGAAUAGAAUCGUUAGAACAGCGGAUAACAGCUUGGUGAUCUACAAUACGACGGUUAACGACACAUCCGACAAUUAUUCCUGCAGUAUUCUCAGUGAUAAACCUAUUACGAUCACGCACAGAUUACUCGUCGACCCUCCUAACGAUAGAUCGCCAUCGGUUACGACUGUAUCGUCAUUGUCGACGAUAUCUACGUCAUCUUCGGUACCAAUAAUAUACGUCACUCCAUCGAAUAAGGUAGAGGUCAAACAAGGUCAAAACAUUACCUUGGGUUGUCACACCAAAGUCCAACCACCCCCAAUGGAAAUGAAGUGGUAUCAUAAGACUAAAAAAUUACACAACGACAAACAUACGAUGAUCCAUAGCGAUUACAUUACCAUAUACAAAGUUGGAAGACACGAUGUCGGUAUAUAUCAAUGUUUAGCCGACAACGGCAUGGACAAUCCACCGCAUUCCGCCAUUAAUCUCAUCGUUAAUUACGCACCGGAGAUCGAGGUGGAACGUGAAAUUGUACACACAGGUGCCGGCGUCGAGUCGGAGAUCACGUGUAUCGUUCACGCUCACCCACCCGCGAACGUGACUUGGUAUAAAAAUCAGAAAGAACUACCAAAGAGAGGAAGGAUCUCGCGAAAGGAAAAUAAAUUAAGAUACACUCUCAGGAUUAUGCAUACGUCCGAACAAGACCUCGGAGAGUACACCUGUCAAGCCAAAAACGAGUUGGGUCAAGCUAACAGGACCAUCUCUCUUACUGGAGCUCCGUCGCAAGCAACCAUCUACGCAGCCGAGUUAAUGAGAGACGAGAACGACAGUUUUAUUUUAAAAUGGCGUCUCGAAAGUUACUCUCCGAUUACGCAGUACAUACUUAAAUAUCGUCGCAAAGGAGACAAGGAAUGGCGAGAAAUCGAGCCACGUGUAAUAGAUGGCCAAGGGAAUCAAUAUACCGUGGAACAUUCUCUCAAUGGCCUAGAGGAUGGAUCUUACGAAGCGAUCCUCGUAGCUAGAAAUUCCUUUGGAUGGUCACAGCCAUCUGCUCCACAUACAUUUAUGAGGGAUCACAAUUCUGACGAAGCGACAGAUGAUAAUAAUUCUGAAAAGGCAGCAGGUGUCACAGGAUCGGCAGUCUCGAUCCGACCAUUUUGGGCCAUCCCGGCGUCACUCCUAGUCGUUUGUGCCUUCAGAAAUCUGUAAUUUACGAAAACUGUUUAAACUACGUAGAUAAUUUACUGCAGCCAAAGCAUACACCAGCAGACGUCGUGGUGCGAUUAAUAAUCUAAGGACGCCUGGGAGAAGCUUUAUUAUUCAAAUACGCUUCAUAAGACAUCCGUUGUCUUUGUCCGAAUUAUCCGCAGAAAAAACAGGACAGUAUUUGCAUUGAUUUAAGUAAUAUGAGAUAUAAAAUCGAAAGAAGUAUUCCUACAAGUUAUUUGUUUCUAAACUGUUAAAUAAAUUAUUAUUACGUAAAAAGGAAAAAGAAAAAAAAAAAAAAAAAGAAAGAAAAGAAAAUAAAGAUCCAACAAAAUGGCAACGGACACUUAACAAUUCUCCUAGGUGCAUCGUUGACGCAUGUUAACGAUGGAAAAGCAUUUUUAUUUUACUCCGUCAAAUCAUGAGUAAAUAUUAAGAGGGGGGUUCUAUACUUUAAAAUAUAUUUAUAUAUCUAUAUCUAUAUUUAUAUCUAUAUAUAUAUAUGUGUGUGUAUGUAUGUAUGUAUGUAUAUAUAUAUAUACAUAUAUAUAUAUAUAUAUAUAUAUAUAUAUAUAUAGGUAUAGAUAUUAUAUAAUAAACAUAGUAUUCACUGUACAUGUGUAAGCCCAGAGAUACACAAUCAUUAUUAUAAUUUAUUUUUGUAUGCUUAAGAUUAUCAGAUCAAUGUUUAAUGGCGUUGCUGUUUCGUGCCAUGCGUACAGGUACAUCCUGUUUUGUGAACCUGUAAAGAGGAAGCGGCACAAAUUAAUUACGUUGCCUAUGGCAAACGAGUAGAACGGGCAUGUACCUAAUAUAUCAUAGUAACAAAAAUGUACUUUAUUAUCGAUUAUCAUUCUGAUUCUUGUAGGAGGUUAACGAUAGACGGAUUAUAAAUUUUCAAAAUGCAAAACCAUAAUAAUUGCCAUGACUCUCAAAAGUUGGUAAUUAUUAUUUUCACAUUAUUAUUAUUAUUAUUAUUAUUAUUAUUAUUAUUAUUAUUAUUAUUAAUAUUAUUAUUAUUAUUAUUAUUAUCAUUAUUAUUAUCAUCAUAUAGUUGCUCACGAUUAAAGAAAGUUUAUUAUUUUCGCUGUCAUCUUAAAUGUGUAUAUUGCAUUGUGUGAGUUAAUAUGUAUGUUUGCGAAGAAUGGAAGAAUGUUGUGUUGUGCUGUAAUGUUUUCCAUAUUAGGUUGCUAAUAGCGAUAUAUCAAUUUAGUACACACUUUCUAAUUAGAUCGAGUAAACGAAUAAACCUCGUGCAAAAA